AUGGGGAAUUGUAUUGCAGGUCACUCAAGCAUCAACAUGCUGAAACGGUUGAUGGUUAAUAUUGAGGCAUUCAGCACAAUACGAGCAGCGUAUUCCAGCCCUAGUGCAUUUGAUGUUCACCCUACGUCCCGCCACAAAGAGCAAGACCCUAUCCUUGAUCAACUAAAGGCGAUGUGGUUUUGCUUGAAGGAGAACGUUAUCUCUGAUGAUGCCAGUGAUGAUGUCAUACAUAAGAUGACCAAAGAGGGAAAUUGUGAGGGUAAUGUUCAACAGUCACUGAUUGAUGUUUAUUCGAAAGGCAAAUUGAAAGUAAAGCAACAGUUUUCUCGAAUGUUGUAUGAAAAAUUUAAUGUAUGUGUUUCUGAACAGUCUGAUAACGAAAGCAUUGACAGUGCAUGA